AUGGAGCCCUUUUCUGAAGGACUUUUUAUUAUUUUAUUCUAUAAUUUACCAACUUUUCAAUAUUCUCCUGUAAAAAGAAUGUAUACCUGUAAGUUCGAAGGUAGUCAAGGAUAUGAACAAUUAGGGAAUUUUUUUGAUAAUAAAAACUGGGGUAGCAAAAUGCGAAGGACAGGAACGUGUGCAUAUGUUUUAAUGCAGAGUGCGCGACAAACCUAUAAUGUUACUUUUUGUUGGAAAGAACGUGUAUAUAAAGAUUCUGAUAUAGAAUUACGUUGUGGUUCUAUGCGCUUUGAAUUUAAUAUUGAUGUAAGAGAUUUUGUAGAAG